GUUACAAAAACGGUGUGACAACGUUCGGGAGGCAUUUGCUAUGUAUCAUUUUUCUACAUCAUUUACCUGGUUUCUUAUGCUGCUUGUGCAUCAGUCUUCAAGCAUUUGUAUGGACGAAUCUUGUGGUGCCAAGUUUCAGCCGCAUUCGCCACUAGUGAAUUGCUCUUUUCUCCCUGAGGAGUUUCUGGAAUGUGAAGAACCAAAAUCAUUGCAAGGCAAUGGAACAGAUGAGCAGGAGGAUGGAUGCUCUUCAUUUGGCGGUCAAAAGUACGAGGAGGUCAAACAUACGUCGGUGUUCUGCAAAGUCCUGCCAGGCAUCGAGUGCUUCGGCGCACGGCGAUUCCUGCGUGGCGGUGUUCCUUGCGUUCGGUACACGAACCGCUACUUCGCCACCACGCUGUUGUACAGCGUGCUGCUCGGCUUCCUGGGCGUGGACCGCUUCUGCCUGGGCCAGACCGGCACCGCCGUGGGAAAGCUGCUCACCCUGGGCGGCGUCGGCAUCUGGUGGGUGGUGGACAUCAUGCUGCUCGUCUCCGGCGGGAUGAUGCCCGAGGACGGCAGCAACUGGGUGCCCUACACCUGACCGACCGGCCGCCGCCCCCUGCCAGCCCGCCGAGCGGCCGCACCUGUGAUAUAAUUGUAUGUUAGCGUGUGGCGGUGUGUCGGUGUGUGUGUAUGUGCGUGACGCGUGGUGAGGUCUGACCGCCGGCUAGCUAGUACAAGGUAUGCAAGCUAGCAGGACCGAUUACACUGUCCUGUCUGUUUUUUUUUUUUAUCGCCCAGUUUGCCAGCCACUUAGUCGCGUACACCGAAAUGACGUAUUGUAAAAUAGUUGUUAUCGCACGCAACGGUGAGGAUAAUUAUUUGCAGGCACUCCAUCAAUUAAGAGCCUUUGAGACAAAUAUGGUGUAAGGAGUGUGGAUGUUUUGGAAACUGUUUGAGGAGGUUAGGCAUUUUCUGACAAGGCUUAUGACAAGGAGCAUGGUCCCAUGAAAACAGGGGAAGGACAGCAUGUAAAAUGUAACUGUGUAUAUCCCUUUGUGGGCGUGACAUGUGUGUUGCGUAUUGUAAACUGUACUGAUAGGCAUUUUUCAGAAUUUUAUAUAUGUAAUAGAACACCAAGCGCAACAGGUGGGUUUUAUUGUAGUUUAACAAUAGCUGUUACAAUAUUGCGUGUAGGUAGGUGACCCUAGUCCUGUUCUAACCAAGGUGUACGGCAUCAAUCUAUGAGAACGAUAUUGAUACUAGGUGCAGACUGCAGAUCCAGCCACCCUGCAACCACCUUGGGUUCUAAUUAUGUAUCAGUGAAAGGUGCUAUUUUGUUUCUUAUGCUUCGAGAAGUAUGCAAUGUGUACUGAAAUGGUGCGGCUACUAGUCUUGUUCUAACCAAGGUGUACGUUAUCCAAUAUCCAUCUAUUUAAAAUAUCGACUUAUAUUAGAACUAUAUUGAUACUAGGUGUAGAUCCAGCCACCCUACAACCACCUUAGGUUCUAAAUAUUUUUUACAGUGCACUGCAUGUGCCACGUGCAAAAUAAAGAGGUGUUAAAUUU